AUGAGUACAAUGGGUUGUCAGAAGACAUGUGAGGUAGAGAAGCUUCUGAAAUCGAGGGAUGUAGUAUGGAACCAGAGACAGAGGAUCACUACACCAAAACGGAACUGCCAUAAGGUGAGAAAUGAGGUUCUACCCUUCCAAUUACCACACAGACGAUAUUUGGACAGCUCUCCUCUAGAUGAUUGCAGUCUUAACAGAGACCCCUGGAGCCACCAGAAACUAAAGCAGAAGUUACUGGAGACUGAGAUCAGCACCAAGAAGAAGGAGUGUGAAGCACUCGAGGCAGAGGUGAAGAAGAGGAAUCAAACAUGUCAGACUUUGGAGAAUGAGCUCCAGGAUUUUCUCCAUGAAAACAAACACUUGAAUCUGCAGUUGUUCAACAGCACCUACAAAACAUCUGAAUAUGAGAGGGUGAAGUGUGAGUAUGCCCUCCUCAAAGACAGACUGUGUGCUGUGACGCAGGAGAGAGAUUUAGCUGUGUGGGAGAGGAACCAGCUCCAAGGCAAACUGGAGAACCUAGAGCAGGUGCUUAAGCAUAUGCGAGAGGCUGCAGAGCGGAGGCAGCAACUAGAGUUGGAGCAUGAGCAGGCACUGGCUGUACUCAAUGCAAAACAGCAGGAGAUUGACUUGCUUCAAAAGGCACAGGUUGAGGCUAAAAAGGAACAUGAGGGCGCUGUCCAUCUUUUAGAGAACCACUUGGACAGCAUGCAGGCAAAAGUCCAGGACUUAGAGGAAAAAUGUCGGAGCCAGAGCGAGCAAUUCAAUCAUUUAUCGAAAGAGCUGGAGAAAUUCCGACUGCACACGGGGAAGUUUGACAUCCUCAGUACUGAACCAGUAUCUGUGUGUGAAUCACCUGGCUCACCCCACAAGUCCCUGUCUCAGCUGCUCAAUGGAUUGGCUGCUCCCACAGGAAAAGGAAAUGAGGUCCCUUCGACUAGGUCUUUGAUAUCAGAGUUUAUUCGGCCUCUGCAGCUGAGUGGAGACAAACCCGAUCUUCUCUCAGUCAAACCAACAUUCCUCACCAGGUCCGGGAGCAGCUCUGCGCGGGCAUUCCUCUCGGAGAUGGAAAAAGAGCUUGGAUCAGCCACAAGGUCUAAGCUCAGAUACACAGGGAAGGUUCGUUUGUGCAUCGCUCGUUAUAGCUAUAAUCCCUACGAUGGGCCCAAUGAACACCCUGAAGCAGAGCUGCCACUGGUGGCGGGAAAGUAUCUCUAUGUCUAUGGGACAAUGGAUGAGGAUGGCUUCUAUGAAGGAGAGCUGUUGGAUGGACGGCGUGGCCUUGUUCCUUCUAAUUUUGUGGAUUUUGUCCAAGAUGAGGGAAAAACGUCUGUCAAACCCAGGGACACAAUAACAACAAAAGAACCUGGCUACCUCAACCACAGUAGCCUAGGACCUCAGAGAGUGGCACUGGGCACACUGACAGGAACAGGAACAGGAACGAGCAGUCUGCUGUCUGAGAGUAAAUUGGACUGUCUAAGCACCAGCAGCUUGGGCAUGCAUCUCAUAGGCUCCACUAGCAAUGGCACAGGAACCUUGGAUGUUAACAUAGAUGAGGUUGGUGAAGACAUUGUGCCUUAUCCCCGCCGCAUCAACCUGAUCAAACAAUUGGCCAAGAGUGUAAUUAUUGGCUGGGACCCUCCUGUGGUCCCUCCUGGUUGGGGCUCCAUCAGUGGCUACAAUGUCUUGGUAGAUAAGGAAGUACGAAUGAGUGUGCCAUAUGGGGGAAGGACAAAGUCUCUUAUUGAAAAGCUCAACCUUGUUACCAAUGCAUACCGGAUAUCAGUCCAGACCAUCACAGAGCGAGGGCCAUCGGAUGAGCUGCGCUGCACUCUGCUGGUGGGAAAGGACGUAGUAGUGGCUCCGUAUUACUUGAGAGUGGACAGUAUUACACAGAUGUCUGCUGAGAUGUCGUGGAUGCCCAGCAAUAGCAACUACAGUCAUACUAUCUUCCUCAAUGGAGCAGAGUACGACAUGGUGAAGGCAGGUGGAUAUCGGUACAAGUUUCUCAACCUGAAGCCUAUGACAGUUUACAAGGUGAAAGUAGUGGCGCAGCCGCAUCAGGUGCCUUGGCAGCUUCCGUUGGAUCAAAGGGACAAAAGGGAAAUAUCUGUGGAAUUCUGCACUCAGUCAGCAGGGCCCCCAUUCCCACCGCAGGAGGUACAGGUCCUCUGUGAUCAAACGCCUGGUAUCCUGCAAAUCAGAUGGAAGCCACCUCCACUGACAUCUUCAGGAACCUCUAAUGGGGCCAGUGUAAUUGGUUAUGCGGUGUGCACAAAGGGACAAAAGAUUGCAGAAGUCCUGUACCCCACAGCAGACUAUGUAACAGUGGAAGUAAACAGGCUUCAUUGUUUGGAGGCCCGAGAAGUCAUUGCUCUCCACACCUAUCACGGCGAAACAUUACACCCCCCCACCCAAUGCCCCAAACGCAGACGGCCCCUCUACAUUCUCAGCAUCCUCCUUACCCAUCGACAUACCCUCUAA